AUGUUCACUUGCCAAAAAUGUAAUCAAAAAUACAAUCAUUCUAACUUAUUCCUCAAUCACAUGAAAAUUCAUAAAUUAGAAGAAUAUUUCUGUUGUGGGUAUCCAUUAUGUUCUAAAAAAUGCAGUAACAUUUCUAGCUUGCGCAAGCAUAUAAAACGGCAGCACUGUUCACAUUCAACCUUGGCUACCUCAGAUUGUCUGCAACCAGAGGCAGAUAGCAUUCACGAUGUAACGUUACAUAAAGCCGAACAUACAGAAUCAACCAUUACAGAUUCGGAAGUUAGAAAUGGCACUAACAAUUAUAUAAAAAAUCUUGUACAAUCUUUCUUUGUUAAACUAUAUCAUGAUUCAAGUGUCACAAGGAAAACAAUUCAAUUUGUUGCUGAAAAUACUCACUGUUUGAUAUCAAAUAUCCUGGAGGAUUUGCAAGUAAGAUUAUUGCCAUUGCUUUCUGCAUCCCCGCAACAUAAUUUAAGUCAAAUAAAAGAAUGUCUAUUAAUAAAUCCAUUAGAUGAAAUGCUUACUGAAUACAAUAGGUUUAAAUCUUUGGAAGAAAAUGGAGCAUUUAUCAGACCAAUUUCGAUUAAUAUUGGUAGUAUAUUGGAUGAUACUAAGAAAGGUGAUGAUGUUAGUAUGAUAUAUAAACAAUCUCAUUUAUUACUUAUUCCAAUCAGAAAAGUUUUGAAACAGCUCUUGGAAAUACCCGGCGUAUUAAAAACCAUAUUAGAUUUUAUAGACAAGGAAACAAACAGUUUAUGGAUAUCAAGUAUAUUUAAUACUCAACUGUGGAAUAAAGUCAAAAUUAAUUUUCAAAAAAAAAUUGUUAUUCCUCUGAUAAUGUAUUUCGAUGACUAUGAAUGUGGAAAUCCGUUAGGAACACAUGCAGGUGUGCAUAAAAUUGGGGCGGUAUAUUUCUCAAUACCUGCUAUUCCUCCACAAUUUGCGUCAAGGUUAGAAAAUCAUUUUCUAUGGGGCUUAUUCUACUCGGACGAUAGAAAUCUGUUUGGGAAUCAAACAAUAUUUAAACCUUUCGUUGAAGAAUUGCAAUACUUGUACAGUAAUGGAAUCACCGUUGUCACUGAAAACGGUAGUAAACAAAUACAUUUUAUUCUGAUACUUAUAUUAGGUGACAAUCUUGGUUUAAAUUCGGUACUGGGUUUAAAUGAGAACUUUUCUGGCAAUUACUUUUGUCGGUUUUGUAGAUGUUGCAAGGAAGAUACACAAGAAAUGUGUAGUGAAAAUAACGAUUUCUCACGAAAUGCUAACAAUUAUACCCUGGAUGUUCUAAACAAAGAUUUCGGCAUUAAAUCAUAUUGUUUAUUUAACGAUUUACUUUAUUUUCAUUCUACAACAAAUUUGUGUUGUGAUGUCAUGCACGACAUCUUCGAAGGAAUCUGUAGAUACGAAAUGGCUAAAAUAAUAUUUGGUUUAUGUAAAUAUAAACGUUAUUUUUCUAUAAUUCAACUGAAUCGACGUAUCAAGUAUUUCGACUAUAACGAACGCGUUGAUAUUGGUAACAGAAUACCACCUAUCAUGGAAAAUCAGGUUAACAAGGGUUAUUUACAUAUGUCAUCGUCCGAAAUGUAUGCUUUUGUAAUAUAUUUUAGUAUAUUAGUUGGCGAUCUUGUAGAUGUGGAAGAUGAUUAUUGGAAGUUUUAUUUAUGCCUUUUUGACAUUAUAAAUAUCAUAAUGAAUGACAUUAUAAGCUCUGAAGAAAUAAACUAUCUAGCAAUUUUAAUAAAUGAUCAUCAUUCAAUGUAUCGUACUUUGUUUACCGAAAAAUUAAAACCUAAACAUCAUUUUCUUACCCACUAUCCUAGAAGUAUUAAAUCGGUGGGCCCUUUGGGUAAACUUUCUUCCAUACGGUUUGAGGCAUUCCAUAAAGUAGGUAAAACAAACGCUCAUGUAGUCACAUCUCGAAGAAACAUUAUUCACACAUUGUCUGUUCGGUAUCAAUUGAGACUGUGUCACAGGUUGAUAUUUAAAAUUGGUUUACAAAAUUCUAUUGAAGUGGGCACUUCUGUAACGCUCGACUCUAAUAAUGAACGAUAUGUUUAUUCACAAAUUUUACCAAUCCUUUUGAAUAGACAAUUUUCUAUUGUAAAGUGGAUUUUGUACAAUGGCAGAUUUUAUAGCAACAAUAUUGUUUUAAAAUUGGGCAACGAUGCGUAUGGCGAACCAAUUUUUAUAGAAGUAUUUCACGUAAUUUAUUGUUCGGAUGAUUAUAUUCUAUUAUAUUGUCAAAAUAUUGCCAUAUUCGGCAAAAAUAAUGAUAUUAAAUCUUUUGAAAUAGACUUGAACAAUAGUUACAAAAAGGUAACUUGUAUUGAAUUAACUCAAAUUAGUAAUGCAUAUCCUGCAAAAAUUCAUACAUUACCUGGAGGACAUAAAGCAAUUCUUGCGUUUAAACAGGAGUAG